GAGGAGAGUAGCUGAAGGAGAAGAGCGGGGACUCUGGGUGAGCGGUGGAAGGAGGAGUUCCUUAUGCAAAUGAAGUUCCGCGCUGGGUGGGGUGGUUGGGGCUGUCUCGACGUGGGGCGUGGCUUGAGAUGCAAAUCAGAGCCAACCAUUUGAGUAGCGAGAGGCGGGUUCUCCUAGAACCAAGCCAGUUUCCCUCAAGGUUGCCGGUUUUCUUCUUCCUCCCUCCUACUGUGCUCUUCCCUCCCUUCCUGUUUCGCCCCCCUCCCUCUCGCCGGGUUCUGUUUAAAAGCGGCCGCGCAUGCGGCCUGUUAGUCUGUUACACAUCUCUGAACUUCAUUCCCUCCGCAAGGUCUGCCGCCGCCGACGCCGACGCCGCCAUUCCCGCUGCUGUUGCUGCUUCCUGGGCCUCACUCGCCCACCGCCUCCUUUGCUCCGAGGCCUGAUCUCCUUACUCAGGGCCGGGGUCCGAGCAGGUCUGUGCCUCCUAUCGCCCGCCCCGUUCCCAGGCCCGCCGGUGCCGGGGCUACGUCCGGCUUGAGUGGAGAUUAACUAUUGGGAGAUAGGUCCCUAUUGGGAGUAGACGGUUACAGGUGGCCAGAAAAGCCCAGGAACUUGCCCCUGCUUCUAGAAGAACAACAACCUCUACCAGCUACAGCUUGGGCAUCGUGCCUGCCGGCGGCCGCCUGAGCCCGGUUUCUAAGAACAAGAAUGGAGGGGCACAUGAAACUGUCAGUGGCAGAAGAUACAGUGGAGUAUCAUCUCUUUCUGUUACCAGAAGAACUAAGAGAUCCAGAAAAACACAAACAGGUCCUUCAGAAGUAUAUUGCAACAAUAACAACCCAGUUUGCACCUCUGUUGGUCUCCUAUAUCUGGCAAAAUCAGCCUUUUAAUCUCAGAUAUAAGCCUGCUAAAGGUAGCAUUCCUGCUCAUAUCGUUGGUGUAACUAAAUUUGGGGACAACAUUGAGGAUGAAUGGUUUAUUGUUUACCUGAUAAAGCAGAUUACAAAGAAAUAUCCAGAGUUAGUAGCAAGGAUUGAAGACAACGAUGGUGAAUUCUUGCUAAUAGAAGCUGCUGAAUUUCUCCCUAAAUGGUUGGAUCCUGAUAAUAGCACCAACAGAGUAUUUUUCCGCUGUGGAGAACUGUGCCUUAUUCCAGCACCACGAAAAGCUGGGGAAAUACCCUGGUUACCUGCCACACCUCCGACAAUCAAUCAGGCGUUGUGCAUUAUCACCAGACACUCUGAGAAAAUCCUCGCCUCCGAAUCUAUCCAGGCAGCAGUUAACAGGCGCAUCAAGGGGUACCCAGAAAAAAUCCAGACAUCCUUUCAUCGAGCUCACUGCUUCCUCCCAGCUGCUGCUGUGGCAGUUUUGAAACAACGUCCUCAGUUGGUAGCUGCAGCUGUGCAGGCCUUUUACUUACGGGAUCCUAUUGACCUUCGAGCUUGCCGAACUUUCAAAACAUUCUUGCCAGAAACGCGUAUCAUGGCUUCAGUCACAUUCACAAAGUGUUUAUAUGCACAGCUGGUACAACAGAGGUUUGUGCCAGACCGCCGGAGUGGGUAUAGUCUGCCUCCCCAGUCUCACCCCCGGUAUCGAGCUCAUGAACUGGGCAUGAAACUGGCUCAUGGCUUUGAGAUUUUGUGCACUAAAGCCAGUCCGCUUCCUGGGUUCAAGAAGUCUCCAGUGACUACCACCCCUCUCUGGAAUGGCUUUCUUGACAGUCUGAAACAGAAUGACUAUUUUGAGGGAGAGAUAGAAGGCUCUACUAAGUACCUGCAGAAACUACACAUGGCAGAGAACUACUUUCAGCAAUCUGUGAAUGGCCCAGAAAACUUUCUUGACAUAACUCCAGGGGAAGAAAUCUUAACCUUACUACAAACAAUGCCUUUUGAACUGGAGGAGCUUAAGAAAGAAGAUGCUGAUCUCCCCUUAGAGGAUGAUGAUCACUGGUUGUAUCUCUCACCGGAUCAGCUGGACCAGAUUCUGCAAGAAACUACUGGUAAAGGUGAACUGGGUCUCACUCCCACUCCCCAGUGGGAGGUAGAGAGGCCCUAUGACCUAACCAAAGUCAUGGACAGUAUGAAGGCCUUUGUGUCCAAAGUCUCCACCCACAAAGGAGCAGAGCUGCCCCGGAAGCCAUCGGAGGCACCUGUCACUUUUGAUGCAGAUGCUUUCCUCAAUUAUUUUGACAAGAUUUUGGGUCCAGAUUCUGGGGAGUCAGACUCUGAUGAUUGCGACAAUGAUGAUCUGGAUGAGGAGAACUCCGAAUACCUCGACAGCGAUGACGACUUAGACCUUGGAACCCAGAACCCUGAGGGAAAGGUCUCUACCAAGGAAAUGCUGGAGAGCAUUAAGUCAUUAAUGGCACAGAUGGACCAAGAACUCACCCAGACAAGCAUCGGGAAAAGUUUCACCACCUGGAAACAAAGGGACAACUUGGCAAAGGAACUGUCUCAAGCUCUUGGCAACAGUUUUGAUGAUGAUAAAGCCACAACAGAUGGUUCUGUUCUGGAACCUGUGGAUGUGAAUCUGAAUUUGGUCUCAAAUAUCUUAGAAUCCUACCAUUCCCAAGCUGGACUGGCAGGACCUGCUUCAAACCUUCUACAGAGCAUGGGUGUACAGCUCCCUGAUGACAUAGAUCACAAGCAUCCCUGCAAGUAACUGAAAGUAUAACAAAAUUUCCAAUAAAAAGUCUGAUAUGCCCUCUGUUAUUCUACUCAAUAAAUGCCAUUCAAACAAACAAACAAAAAAA